AACAAAUUUUGGGAAGGCUAAAGGUUACUAAUGGCUGCAUCUGAGGAACACAGUGCGCUAUUUCCCAUCUUUGUGUUGACAAUAAUUGCACUGCCUCUAGUGCCAUACACUAUUGUCAACUUAUAUCUCACAUUCAAGAAAAAGACCAAGACUAUUAAUUGCCGGUGUUCCUCUUGCUUCCACUCGGGGAAGUAUCGGAAGUCUAUAUUCAAACGUAUUUCAAACUUUUCAACUUAUAGUAACCUGACGGUAGUGUUGCUGUGGGUUGUUGUCGCCCUUUUAGCUUUAUACAUCAAGCACAUCAACACUGAGGUCCAAGUUUUUGAGCCAUUCAGCAUACUUGGAUUAGAGCCUGGAGUUUCUGAUUCAGAAAUAAAGAAGGCGUAUAGGAGACUUUCCAUCUUGUACCAUCCUGAUAAAAAUCCAGACCCAGAGGCUCACAAGUAUUUUGUAGAUUAUAUCUCCAAGGCUUAUCAGGCUCUAACAGAUCCCGUAUCACGGGAGAACUUUGAGAAAUAUGGCCAUCCUGAUGGCAGGCAGGGGCUUCAAAUGGGCAUCGCUCUCCCUCAAUUCCUCCUGAACAUCGAUGGAGCAUCUGGUGGAAUUUUGCUCCUUGGGAUUGUGGGAGUUUGUAUUAUUUUGCCCCUGACAAUAGCUGUAAUAUACUUGUCAAGGUCAUCAAAAUAUACUGGGAAUUAUGUCAUGCAUCACACGAUGUAUGCUUAUUACCAUUUCAUGAAGCCUUCAUUAGCUCCAAGCAAGGUAAUGGAAGUUUUCAUCAGGGCUGCUGAAUACAUGGAAAUUCCAGUUCGUCGAACUGAUGAAGAAUCCCUGCAGAAAUUAUUUGUGUUGGUCAGGAGUGAGCUAAACCUGGACCUUAGAAACAUCCGACAAGAACAGGCUAAGUUUUGGAAGCAGCAUCCUGCUUUAGUAAAGUCUGAAUUGUUGAUGCAAGCACAUCUAACGCGUGAAACUACAGCAUUAUCUCCGUCUUUGCAGCGUGAUCUUAAGAAAAUGCUUGCCCUUGCACCUCGUCUUCUUGAAGAACUAAUGAAGAUGGCAAUUAUACCACGCACGCAACAGGGGCAUGGAUGGCUGAGACCUGCAACUGGAGUCAUUGAGCUAUCCCAGAGUAUAAUCCAGGCUGUCCCCCUCAGUGCCAGGAAAGCAACUGGGGGAUCAAACGAAGGUUAUGGUCCAUUUCUCCAGCUGCCACACUUCAGUGAAUCCAUUGUCAAAAAGAUUGCCAGAAAGAAGGUGCGCUCUUUCCAAGAGCUUCGUGAGAUGAAACCACAAGAGCGUACAGAGCUAUUGACUCAGGUUGCUGGCUUUACUGCCAAUGAAUCCCAAGACGUGGAAAUGGUUCUUGAGAUGAUGCCUUCCAUUUCAAUUGAUAUAACAUGUGAGACAGAAGGUGAAGAGGGAAUACAAGAGGGUGAUAUUGUGACAAUGCAGGCUUGGAUUACUCUUCAGCGUUGGAAUGGCAUGAUCCGUGCCCUACCACAUGCUCCCUACUUCCCUUGUGACAAAGAAGAGAAUUUUUGGUUGCUGCUUGCAGACCCCUCUUCAAAUGAUGUAUGGAUGUCGCAAAAGGUUAAUUUCAUGGAUGAGGCGACAGCUAUCAUUGCUGCAUCAAAAGCAAUUGAGGAAUUGAAGGAGGGUGCUGGUGCUAGUGCUAAAGAAAUUAAAGCAUCUGUAAAAGAAGCAAUUGAUAGAGUAAAAGCUGGUUCUAGGCUGGUGAUGGGCAAGUUCCAGGCCCCUUCUGAGGGAAAUUACAACCUGAUCUCCUACUGCCUGUGCGACUCAUGGAUUGGUUGUGAUGCGAGGUCCAAUAUUAGGUUGAAGGUUUUGAAACGAAGCCGGGCUGGCACAAGGAACAUUGCCACUGCAGAUGAGGUACCAUCGCUAGAGGAUGGAGCUGAAGAGGAAGAUGAGGAAGGAGAAGACGAAUAUGAUGACGACUAUGAAAGCGAGUAUAGUGAAGAUGAUGAAGAUGUGAAGGGUAAGGAUGCCAAAGCUGCAGUUGCCAAUGGCUCUGCCCAUGCUGGCAAUCAUUCAGAUUCAGAUGAAAGCGGCGAAAAUUAAUUUUUUCAUUUUUGUUUCUACUUUGUUAUUUGAUCACAAAGAUUGACUAGAUAAGAGGGCGUUUCCAUUUCUCUAUAAUAGUUGACAUUAUUCUAAAGAAAUAAUACUUGUUUACGACCAGGUUUGUUUCUUUACACAAAUUAAAUGGCAGAGUAGAGUGCUUUUUACAUGGUU